AUGUCGAGCGACGGGGCGGCGGGGGGCGCGGCGAGCCGGGCGGAGCACUCGAGCCCGCCGAGCGCGAUCUCGACGACGGACGACAGCCUGCGGUACUGGACGCCCGCGGACACGAGCGCGGACCUGAGCUUCAGCUUCGGCGCCGGAGCGGGCGUGUCGCCUGGCGCGGUGGGCGCGGGGGCGCGGGGCAGUGAAGGCGCAGGCGGGAGCGGAGGGGAAGCGGGUGAGGAGGAGGAAGAAGAAGAGGAGGAGGAGGAGGACAAUGACGAUGACGACGAGGAAGAGCACGGAGAGGACACCCGGGCCGAGGCGGGGUCGUGGGGCGGGGCGACGGCGCGGAACACGCCGGACGGGCACGGGCACGAGGCGGGGCGGCGGAGCGGGGGCGAGGGCAAGGGCGAGGGCGGGGCGAAAUCGGAGGCGGUGCCGUACGAGGUCGAGGCGUUCGCCGCGGCGGAGGUGGGGCUGCUGCUGGACGGGAAGGCGCAGCCCGGGGAGGGCGCGGGCGCGAGCGGGACCAGCACGGGGGUCUCGGAGGGCGGGGCAGACAAAGCCGAGAUGGAGCACGGCGGGCGGAUGAAGCUCGAGGCAAACGUGGACUCGCCCGUGCGGCGGGGGCGGCGACGGCAGGUGGCGGACCGGAUCCGCCAUUUGUGCUGCUUUGGUGGUGGUGGGUUCGGACCUUGA